AUGGCGACUCGCAGGGCGACCCCUCGCCGUGUGGCGGAGCUGCUCGUGCUGCUACUCGCCUGCUUCGCGUUGGGUGAGCCGUCUGGCCACGCAGAUAAGGAUUCAUUCACCAUCGUCAAUGAAAACACAGGCAAGUGCAUCACACCACUGAACGACUGGAUAGUGGCAAAGGACUGUGACAAAACCAAGGACAUGUUUUGGAAGUGGGUAUCUCAGCAUCGACUCUUUCAUUUGCAAUCCCAGAAGUGCCUUGGCCUAGACAUAACCAAACCCACGGAUUCCUUAAGAAUGUUCAGCUGUGACUCCGAUGCCAUGCUGUGGUGGAAAUGUGAGGACCACUCUCUGUAUGGAGCUGCCCAGUACAGGUUGGCUCUGAAGGGUGGACACGCCAUAGCAAGUACCAAUUCAUCUGACGUCUGGAAGAAAGGAGGCUCAGAGGAAAGCCUCUGUGCCCAGCCCUACCAUGAGAUCUAUACCAGAGAUGGGAAUUCCAAUGGGAGACCUUGUGAAUUUCCAUUCUUAGUUAACGGAACUUGGCAUCACGAGUGUAUGCGUGAUGGAGAUCACAAUGGGCUGUGGUGUGCAACCACCUUCAACUAUGAAUAUGAGGGAAAGUGGGGCAUCUGCUUACAACCAGAAAAUGGCUGUGAAGAUAAUUGGGAAAAGAAUGAGCAGACUGGAGGUUGCUACCAAUUUAAUAGUCAGGCAGCUCUUUCUUGGAAAGAAGCUUAUAUUUCAUGUCAGAAUCAAGGGGCCGACUUACUGAGCAUUAGUACUGCUGCUGAGUUAACUUAUCUUAAAGAAAAAGAAGGCAUUGCUAAAGUUUUCUGGAUCGGUUUAAAUCAACUGUACUCUGCUAGAGGUUGGGAAUGGUCAGACCACAAGCCAUUAAACUUUCUCAACUGGGACCCAGAUGUAUCAAGUGCACCGACAAUUGGCGGAUCCAGCUGUGCAAAAAUGGAUGCCUACUCGGGUCUGUGGCAGAGUUUUUCCUGUGAGGCUCGACUGCCCUACGUCUGCAAGAAACUGUUAAAUAACACAGUGGAAUUAACAGAUGUUUGGACAUACUCAGAUACCCGCUGUGAUGCAGCAGACUGGCUGCCAAAUGAUGGAUUUUGCUAUCUGCUUGUGAAUGAAAGUGAUUCCUGGGAUAAGGCACAUAUGAAAUGCAAAACCUUCAGUAGUGACCUCAUCAGCAUUCAUUCUUUAGCAGAUGUGGAGGUGAUUGUCACAAAACUCCAUAAAGGGGAUGCCAAAGAAGAAACAUGGACAGGUCUUAGGAAUGUAAAUACACCCACUCUAUUUCAGUGGUCAGAUGGUACUGAAGUUACUCUAACUUACUGGAAUGAGAAUGAGCCAAAUGUUUACAAUAAGACUCCCAACUGUGUUUCCUAUUUAGGAAAGCUAGGUCAGUGGAAGGUCCAGUCAUGUGAAGAGAAACUAAAAUAUGUAUGUAAGAAAAAGGGAGAAAAAUUGAAUGAUACAAGAUCUGAUAAGAUGUGCCCUCCAGAUGAGGGCUGGAAGAGACAUGGAGAAACUUGUUACAAGAUUUACGAGGACGAGGUCCCCUUUGGAACCAACUGCAAUCUGACUAUAACUAGCAGAUUUGAGCAAGAAUACCUGAAUGAUAUGAUGAAAAAGUAUACUAAAUCUUCAGAAAAAUACUUCUGGACUGGCCUGAGAGAUAAGGAUGCAAGUAGAGAAUAUAGAUGGGCAAGUGUUGGUGGAGUAAAGUGGGCUAUAACAUUUUCCAACUGGAAUUAUUUGGAGCCUGCUUUUGCAGGAGGGUGUGUGGCUAUGGCUACUGGAAAGUCUCUUGGAAAGUGGGAGGUAAAAGACUGCAGAAGCUUCAGAGCACUUUCAAUUUGCAAGAAGAUAAGUGGGCCUCCUGAGCCGGAAAAAUCAUCUCCCAAGCCUGGAGAUCCCUGUCCUGAAGGCUGGCAUAGUUUCUCCUCAGGUCUUUCUUGUUAUAAGCUAUUUCAUGUGGAAAGAAUUGUAAGAAAGAGGAACUGGGAAGAAGCUGAGAGAUUCUGCCAGGCACUUGGAGGACACCUUCCUAGCUUCAGUCAUGUGGAUGAAAUAAAGGAAUUUCUUCACUUUUUAAUGGACCAGUUCAGUGACCAGCGUUGGCUAUGGAUAGGUUUGAAUAAAAGGAGCCCUGAUUUACAAGGAUCCUGGCAGUGGAGUGAUCACACACCAGUGUCUACUGUUAUCAUGGCAAAUGAGUUUCAGCAGGAUUAUGAUAUCAGAGACUGUGCUGCUGUCAAGGUCACACAUAGACCAUGGCGAAGAAGCUGGUAUUUCUAUGAUGAGAGAGAAUUUAUUUAUUUAAGGCCUUUUGCUUGUGAUACAAAACUUGAAUGGAUAUGCCAGAUUCCAAAAGGUCGUACUCCAAAAAUGCCAGACUGGUACAAUCCAGAGCGUGCUGGAAUUCAUGGACCUCCAGUUAUAAUAGAAGGGAGUGAAUAUUGGUUUGUUGCUGAGCCCCACUUAAACUAUGAAGAAGCUGUCCUGUAUUGUGCCAGCAAUCACAGCUCUCUGGCCGCUUUAACAUCUUUUGCAGGACUGAAAGCCAUCAAAAACAAAAUAGCAAAUAUAUCUGGUGAUGAGCAGAAGUGGUGGUUGAGAACUACUGGGCUGCCGGUAGAUCGCCGUUUUAGAUACUCACGGUAUUCAUUGUAUCACUUUCCUAUAAUGUUUGGAGAGGAAUGCUUGUCCCUGUCUGCCAAGACUUGGCUUAAUGACUUAAAUAAACCAGUUGACUGUAGUACCAAGUUGCCUUUCAUCUGUGAAAAAUAUAAUGUAUCUUCAUUAGAGAAAUAUAGUCCAGAUUCUGGAGCUAAAAUACAGUGCUCCGGAGAUUGGAUUGCUUUUCAGAAUAAGUGUUUUUUAAAGCUCAAACCCCAGUCUCUCACAUUUUCUGAAGCCAGUGAUGUUUGCCAUACGUAUGGUGGCACCCUUCCUUCAGUGCUGAGCCAGAGAGAACAAGAUUUUAUUACACAUUUGCUUCCGGACACAGAAGAUACUUUAUGGAUUGGUUUGCGCUGGACUGCCUAUGAAAAGAUAAACAAAUGGAUGGAUAACAGAGAGCUUAUAUACAGUAACUUUCACCCACUACUGGUUGGUCGACGGCUGAGAAUACCAACAAAGAUUUUUGAUGAAGAGUCAUCCUACCACUGUGCUCUAUUGCUCAACCUCCAAAAGUCACCUUUCACUGGGACAUGGAAUUUUACUUCCUGCGGUGAACAUCAUACUCUGUCUCUCUGUCAGAAAUAUUCAGAAGUUGAAAGUGGACAGACCUUGCACAAUACUUCAGAAACUAUGAAGUAUCGAAACAAUCUGUACAAAAUAAUCCUGAAGACUCUGACGUGGUCCGAUGCUCUCCGGGAGUGUCAGAAAGAAAAUAUGCACCUGGUGAGCAUCACAGACCCUCACCAGCAGGCCUUCCUGACUGUGCAGGCGGUCCUUCGUAACUCUUCUUUAUGGAUUGGACUCUCCAGUCAUGAUGAUGAACUCAACUUUGGUUGGUCAGACGGGAAACGUCUUCAUUUUAGUCGCUGGGCUGAAAACAAUGAGCAACUUGAAGACUGUGUAGUGUUAGACACUGAUGGAUUCUGGAAAACAUUUGAUUGUGAUGAUAAACAACCAGGCGCUAUUUGCUAUUAUCCAGGAAAUGAUACUGAAAGAGAGGUCAGACCAGUUGACAGUGUUCAGUGUCCAUCUCCUGUUCUAAAUACUCCCUGGAUACCAUUUCAGAACUCUUGCUAUAAUUUUAUGAUAACAAAGAAUAGAUAUGUGGUAACAACACAAGAAGAAGUUCAUUCCAAAUGCCAGACACUGAACCCAAAAUCGCAUAUUCUGAGUAUUCGAGAUGAAAAAGAGAAUAACUUUGUUCUUGAGGAACUUCUACGCUACAAUUACAUGGCUUCAUGGGUCAUGUUAGGCAUAACUUAUGAAAAUAAUUCUCUUAUGUGGUCUGACAAGACCACACUGUCAUAUACGCACUGGAGAGCAGGAAGACCAGUUGUGAAAAAUGACAAGUUUUUUGCUGGCUUGAAUACUGAUGGCUUCUGGGAUAUUCAAACCUUUAAUACUGUUGAGGAUAUACUUUACCUUCACCAGCACAGCAUUGUUGCUUGUAAAAUAGAAAUGGUUGACCACAAGGAAGAAUAUAAUACUACUCUGCCACAGUCAAUUCCAUAUGAAGAUGGUGUUUAUAAUGUCAUUCAAAAAAAAGUAACAUGGUAUGAAGCAUUAAAUACAUGUUCUCAAAGUGGAGGUCAUUUGGCAAGUGUUCACGACCAAAGUGACCAGCUUUUUCUGGAAGAUAUUGUAAAGCGUGAUGGAUUUCCACUGUGGGUUGGGCUCUCAAGUCAUGAUGGAAGUGAAUCGAGUUUUGAAUGGUCUGAUGGCAGUGCAUUUGACUAUAUCCCAUGGAAAGACAAAAAGUCUGCUGGAAAUUGUGUUGUCUUGGAUCCAAAAGGAAUUUGGAAACAUGAAAAAUGCAACUCUGUUAAGGAUGGUGCUAUUUGUUAUAAACCUACCAAAUCUAAAGAGAUGUCCUCUUAUACGUACUCAUCACGAUGCCCAGCAGUAAAAGGGAGUAAGUCACAGUGGAUCCAGUACAGGGGCUAUUGUUACAUAUCUGACCAGGCAUUGCACAGCUUCUCAGAAGCCAGACAACUUUGUUCAGAGUUUGAUCCUUCUGCAACUAUCGUUACCAUAAAGGAUGAAGAUGAGAAUAAAUUUGUGAGCAAACUGAUGAGGGAAAAUAAUAAUAUUACCAUGAGAGUUUGGCUUGGAUUAUCCCAACUUUCUGCCGAUCGGUCUUGGAAUUGGUUAGAUGGAUCCAAAGCAAUAUUUGUCAAGUGGGCAAAUAAAAUUAAGAGUGGUAGUGGACAAUGUAGCAUUUUGUUGGCUUCAAAUGAAACUUGGAUAAAAGUUGAAUGUUCAGAUGGCCGUGGAAGAGUUGUCUGCAAAGUUCCCGUGGGUCCCGAUUACAGAGGAAUAGGUAUCACAUUUGCUGUGCUAAGUGUCUUGGCUUUCAUCAGCGGACUGAUUUGGUUCCUCUUCCAAAGGAACCGUUUGCACUGGAUGCGCUUCUCUUCAGUUCGAUAUCAACAAGGAGCAAAUGAAGAUGAGAUUAUGCUUCCUUCUUUCCACGACUAA